UGGUCUGAAAGAAAAAGUGAAUUAAGAGGAGAGAGACUGAAGUCAUCCUCCAUUUAUAUUCAACUGGGAUCUCUCUCGCUCUCUCUCGCUCUCUCUCUCACCCUCUCUCUCUCUCUCUCUCUCUCUCUCUCUCCCUCACCCUCUCUCUCUCUCACCCUCUCUCACCCUCUCCCUCUCUCUCGGACUCAGAUUAUCUCCAUCAUCCUGCCGCUGAGAUGUCGACUCCAGAAGCAGCAGGUGCUCAAGGAGCUCCCGGAGCCUCGGAGGGUGAGGGGGGGGCCCCGGGCGCGGCCCCAAACCUCACCAGCAACAGACGACUGCAGCAGACGCAGGCGCAGGUGGAUGAGGUGGUGGACAUCAUGCGCGUGAACGUGGACAAAGUCCUGGAGAGGGACCAGAAGCUGUCGGAGCUGGACGACCGGGCCGACGCCCUGCAGGCCGGAGCCUCGCAGUUCGAGAGCAGCGCCGCCAAACUCAAGAACAAGUACUGGUGGAAAAACUGCAAGAUGAUGAUCAUGAUGGCAGUUAUAGGUGUUAUAUGUUUCGGAGUCAUCUUCUUGUAUUUCUUCUACUGAGCUGGUCUUCAGGGAUGGACACACAAGUCGCAGGACGAGUCUGCACCAACACCACCGAGCCAAAUCCAGCCUCUCCUCAGCUGCUCCCGCUGCUCUUCAUCCUCCUCCUCUUCCUCACUGAUGCCUUCCUCAGAAACUUCCAUGCAUGGUCUGUAAUGUGCUCCAGUGCCUCCUUCUCUUUUUUUCUCGUGUCUCCAGACAGAAACCCUGAGUGGAACCACCGGUGGAUGUGAUGUCUGCUGGGAGCACCAGAUGGGUUUACAGCAUCAGGACAGUUUCAGUUCAGAGCUAAUUCAACUAAACUCACUUUCUCUUCCUGUAUUGUCCUGUGAAGUGUCACAUUUCUUGUAGCCAAACACAAACAGAACUUGCUGCAGGUCUAAAAUCCAUUGACCCAGGUUUGUUCAUCAAGGACGACGGACGAGUUUGACAUGAAACUGAAAGCAUCUAAAACAUCAUGUAACACGACCCGUUCUCUCUGGCUAGUGUUUGAUUCUUUUCUCAUAUUUGUGCAAAAGGGAAUAAAAUAUUAUAUAAUAUAUAGUCAUUUCAUUUACUGAAGUAAAUUCAGUAAUAUAAAUGUAGCCCUGCAGUUAAAAUCCUACUUCAGUAAAAGUUUUAUCAGUAAAACUUACUUAACUUAAAGUAUCAAAGUAAAAGUACUCGUACUUGUUCUGUUCAUUCAUUCAUUCAUUCAUUCAUUCAUUCAUUCAUGGGCUGUAAAACAAGCUUUAGUCUUAUAGUCUCUAGAUUAAGAUCAAGAAAGAUUCAGACUAAAUACACAAUUUCUAAAAGAUAACCCACUAACGUAAGAUCAGUUGCUUUAUUUGACAUGAAUCUGACUCUAAACUGACACAGUGAACACACAGCCGAUGAUGUUGAGUUGAAGCUGGGUUAAUGGAUCCUGCUUUUUCCUCUCUGUCCUCUUGUACAGUAUUGUUCAGGAACGAUGCCCCCUUGCUGUCAGCUUUGGUACUGCUACUGACGUAUUUCCACUCGGAGCAGGAAUUUGACAGGUUUUGUUCGUCUGUCCGUCUGUCCAGCGUCAGUUUGAGUUAUUGUGAUGCAGCAACAGUCCUGAUUUUCUUCUUGUCGUCUUGUGAACCAACCUGUUUUGUGAACCACAGUUGUGGUUUUGAAUGUUUCUUUCUUCUGAACUUGCUUGAAUGUGAUUCCUCUGUAAUGAAGGAUUCUGAGUGAGUGUGGGUUAGCUACCACGAGACUGUAGAUAAUAAAGGUUUGAUUAUUGAAAAUGUGAGGAGAAAUGAUUAGAUUGAAAACUGUGGAUGAGUGAAGCUGAGCAUUAAUCCCACUGUCAGUGCUUCAGUACUGCUGGUUGUAUACAAGGUCAGGAAACGUGAGGAACAUUUGACAUUUAAAGAUUACAGGCACUGAUAUUCUGAUUGUGGGCUGGAAUUUCAAAUAAAUUCAUGUUUGCAACAGAAA